AUGCUUGACUACGAUUGGCACCUAAGCACACCGCGCCUGUACAUCUCCCACGUCAAUCCUUCCAAUGAUAUCCAUUGCGACUUCUUCAUCGAGUACAUGAGCGACCGAGGGAGCGCCAAGCUUGACGAGCUGUCAAGAACCAUGCCAAAACGAGAGGCAAUUGCGAAGCUACACAUCUUGCCCCGCCUCGAGCGGAUGGAAAAGCUGGGCUGGGGCAGGUAUCUGGUCUCGCUAAAGCCUGAGGCCGUCGACGAGGAUGGUUCGACUAUCCCCUUUACACAGCGUCCUCUCGAGCCCAUCGGUUGCGUUACGAUGCAACUGGCUAGAUAUCCUGGAGGUGGCCCGACCGCACCCGAUCUUGGAUUUUCAUUUCUUGACAGGUACCAAGGGAAAGGGUAUGCCACGGAGGCUGCUCAGAGACUGAUGAAGUAUUUUGAAGAGGAAAGAGGGCAGAAGGGGUUUCUUGGUCUCACUGACCCAGAGAAUGACAAAGCGAAGAAAAUGUUUCAACGGAUGGGAUUCGAGGACAGAGGAGAACGAGAUGUGGUUGGUGUCGUAGAAGGGAAGACGUUUACGGCCUCAGUUUGGAGUAAAGGACUGGAAAGGGAGUUGGAAGAAUAUGGUUUCUAG